CCCAUUGUUUUUUGCAUUACCCUUUGGAGUUAUAUAUUGAAACGCUGAAUAUCUUAAAAAACAUUCAUUCACUUUUCACGUUUCUUUCCUUUUCGAUUUUUUCUUUUUUUUACCUUUUCUUACCAUUAUUACACCAUAACCUUUUAAAAUUAUGGCUGGUGCUCAAGAUGACAACAGACAGCAACAAGAUUACAAUGCCAAUGCCAAACGAAAGAAUUCUUUCGCGGGAAACAAUAAAAACGUUCACAGUAACACUUUACCACCAGCUUCAGCUUUACCUAGUAUGAAAUCAGCCCCGGAUCAUGUUCCUGUUAAUAAUUUUAACGCUCAGGAAGUUUCGAAUUAUUUAAAUAACACUUGGAAAGAAAACUUUGAACGGGUUCACGAUAACAAUCUUCCCGAAGCAGAAAAACCAGAGUUAUAUAGAUCCGAAAAGGCCUGGGGAGGUGGACAUGUCUGGGGACAAAAAGGACAUUUAAUGGCGAAUGGCAAAGAUUUCUUUGCUGAAUUGAGAAAAACUUCACCCACUCAAGCGUCAAAUGCUCAGCCGGCGACAGCCAAUAUUAAAAGGACGUCUAACCAAAGACGAACGAAAUUUUUUGGUAAAAACAAUCGGAACAAUGGCAUGUUCUCCCAAAAUUAAAUGAUAAUGGAUAAAUGAUUAAAACAUAUUUGAUCUGCCAGUGUAAUACGCGAUUUUCUGAAUAAAGACAAUUCACGAAGCACUAAUUCAUUAGCGCUAUUGUUUUUUUUAUUUUUAGAGCGCACCUAAAAUUUUAUAA